AUGAUAGCUUUCAACGACGUAGUCAUAACCUGCGGUCAUCUAGGCGCUCCCCUUGAAUGCUACUCGCAUAAUAUAGCCAAGGAGCAGGGCAAGGAUUUCAUAGUCACGUCCUUUCAUAAGAGCAUACGCCAGUUCAUCAUCGUCUACCUUGGAUCCUUUAUCUCGGCUGUUGGCAUUCUUGGAAGUAUCAUUUGUCUAUUUAUAUUUCUAAGAACUCGAUUGGCUGUUCCGACCACACAUUAUCUACUUGUGGCCAGCUCAUUUGUUGAUUUAGUCUAUAUCGUGUUCGAGGCUAUAGUUCAUCACCCCUCCUUCAUUGUUGGCAAUCGAAAUGGCACCCAAUUUGGUUCUUACGUCUUUCUUGGUGUUGUUAGAAGUGGUAUAAAUCUUUCACAACUCCUUCGAAAUUGGAUUAUUGUUUGCCUGGGUUUCGAACGAUAUCUCUUAGUUUGUCACCCGGUUUACUUUCGAUCACAAUGGAAGAUGAAACAUAUUCACCGACUGAUGACGUUUGGGGUUACUCUGUGCAUUAUUGUCCGCAUUCCAUACAUUCUUUCUUAUAUAUUUGAUAUAUGGGGUCCAGAAUGGUGUAGCUUGAGUGGAAUCGCAACCGCUAUUCACUCAAUUGCAGAUGUUAUCUUCGUGGCCGUCUUACCUGUUCCCUUACUGGGAAUUUUGUCUUUGAUAGUCAUUGCAGAAUCGAAUCGUUUGCAGUCGUGGAGGGCGAAAAUGACGGUCAAUUUAAGUGCAAAUCAGACCAAAAUGAAGAACGCCAAUCGAAGAGCCCAUCAGGCUAUAAUGGUAGUUGUCUUCUGUUUCACCCUAUUCACAGGCGCCUUCCUGCCAAAUGGAGUCCUUCGGCUUCUCCAAUACAGUAGAGCUGGAAACAUUUGCAAAAUAUACUUCUAUCGGCAAUUCACCGCGGCAAUGGUUUUUAUUGGCAGCCUAUUAAAUUCCUCCGUUAAUUUUUUUAUAUACUUCGUUUACUGGGCUCGUUUCCGACGAGUCGUGAGGGAUACAGUGAAAACACUUUUUCCAUUUUUGAGGGCUUUUGCAGUGGCCAAAGAACGACGAAAAAGUACAAUCUCAGUUGUCAGGGUGAGCAGUAUGUUCAAUAUCUCCGUGCAUUCCACUCUUUCAAAAGCCGGCUCAAGGAACGGAAGAGAGUGUUCAAUAUGA